GGCCGACGAAGAGGAGGCAGCAGCAGUGGCGGCCAUGCUGUGCUAUGUGACUAAGCCGGACGCUGUAGUGAUGGAGGUGGAAGUGGAGGCCAAAGCCAAUGGCGAAGACUGCCUCGACCAGAAUCAUGAAGUUGGAAGAGACCACAAGGGCCAUCCAGUCCAACCUCCUACCAUGCAGGGACAUACAAUAAAACAUUUCUGACAGACGGCCAUCCAGCCUCUUCUUAAAAACCUCCAGAGAACUUCAUCACACUCUCAGGUUUGCAGGCGAUUGGGAAUUAUAGAGGUUGACUACUUCGGACUCCAGUUCACAGGGAGCAAAGGCGAGAAUUUGUGGUUGAAUCUACGAAACAGAAUAUCCCAGCAGAUGGACGGUCUGCCUCCUUACAGAUUGAAGCUGCGUGUCAAGUUUUUUGUGGAGCCACAUCUCAUCUUGCAAGAACAAACAAGGCAUUUAUUUUUCUUGCAUAUAGAGGAAGAUCUUCUAUCUGGUAACCUUCAGUGUUCAUCUGAGCAUGCAGUUGAACUCAGUGCACUUCUUGCCCAGUUGAAGUUUGGUGAUUAUAAUCAAAAUACUGCUAAAUAUCACUAUGAAGAGUUCUGUGCAAAGGAGCUUACCACAGCUGUUUUGGAAAGUAUUAUCACAAAACAUAAGGAACUUGAAGGUCUCAGCCAAACUUCAGGAGAAUAUCAAGUUUUGCAGAUCGUGUCAACUCUGGAAAACUAUGGGAUAGAGUGGCAUUCUGUGAGAGACAGCGAAGGGCAAAAACUGUUUAUUGGUGUUGGUCCUGAAGGCAUUGCCAUCUGUAAAGAUGACUUCAUUCCCAUCAACAGGAUUGCAUAUCCAGUUGUUCAGAUGGCAACCCAGUCUGGGAAGAAUGUGUACUUAACUGUGACCAAGGAAUCUGGCAAUAGUAUAGUUCACCUUUUCAAGAUGAUCAGCACCAGAGCAGCUAGUGGAUUGUAUAGGGCAAUAACAGAAACACAUGCAUUUUACAGGUGUGACACAGUUACCAGUGCCGUCAUGAUGCAGUACAGUCGAGACUUAAAAGGCCACUUGGCAUCCUUGUUCUUGAAUGAAAAUAUUAAUCUUGGCAAAAAAUAUGUGUUUGAUAUUAAGCGGACAUCUAAAGAGGCAUAUGAUCAUGCAAGGCGGGCCCUUUACAAUGCUGGCAUUGUAGAUCUAGUUUCCAGGAGCGACCAGAGCCCACCCAAUUCCCCCCUCAAGUCUUCAGAAAGCAGUAUGAACUGUGAAACCUGUGAGGGCCUGAACUGCCAGCAAACAAAAGCUCUUCAAGAAAAACUACGGAAGCUCAAAGAAUCUCUGCUGUGUAUGCUUUGUUGUGAAGAAGAAAUCAAUUCAACGUUUUGCCCAUGUGGUCAUACUGUGUGCUGUGAAUCGUGUGCUGCACAGUUACAGUCAUGUCCAGUGUGCCGAUCCCGCGUGGAGCACGUCCAGCACGUGUAUUUGCCUACCCACACAAGUCUACUUAACCUGACCAUAAUAUGACUUUGGUGUUGACCACUGGAAAAUACACACCAUUCAAGCUUCUAAGCUAUCUUGUACUUCCAAUAUACUGCACUAAUGUUCACUCCAGCUCCAUUGAUGGUGAAGGAAAGCAGUUACUUCAGCAUCUGCCAGCAAUUAUAAAUGGAAAGGAAAGCUGCAAAGCUAUUGGGGGGGAGGGGGGAGUGUCUGAUCAGACUUUGAGAGUAUUUCUUGGGUAUAUGCUGUGAAUGACUAGUAGACAACCUCAUGUCACUUGAAACAAUUUUGUUCAUACAAUGGCAAUAUUUUGAGAGGGCAGAGUUGAAAACUUUAUAGUAUCCAGCAGGAUCGGCCUAACUUGUUUUAUGCAUUUUAUAAAGAUUAUUUUUAUUUACUUUAUAUAGCAUGAUCACUCCAUUUAUGUUUUAGUAAAACUAGUGUUUUAAUAUCUACAUCUAUUGUAGUCUGAUUUAGUUUCUACUUUUAGCCUUGCUGAAGUAAGAAACUAUUUUUAAACCCAAUAUACUUAAAAACCUAAGAUUACAAAGCUUUAAACCAAUAGCUGCAUUUGUUUUCAGCAAAACAGAUCAGGUUACUUUGAAAAUUAUUUUCAGCAUUUGAGUAGAUUUGGCAGCCUGUUUGGUACCUUCUAAGGGAAUGAUGAAGGACAUUUUAAAAACAAUGUUUGAACAUCAGAACAAUAGAAACAUUUUUCUCUUCCAAGAGUAAAUAGUGGUUUCUGUUCAUCUGCCUUGUGUUUGGAGGAACUUUUCCUCAAACAAUAUAAUCUUUGUGGUUUUCUAUAAUAUAGUUAUGUUAAGUUAUUUGUUUAAAAAAACCGUCUUACCUUGUACCACAAACCCUAUCCUUGGGCAUUUUGGACUUUGGUCAACUAGUGAAUGAUCCAGAAUAUUGAAAACUAGACGACCAUGAUUGGGUGCAAUACUAGCUGAAAUGAAAGCUAGAAAAGUCACUUUACUGAGACUUUCUGAAUAUACUUUUCAUAUUGCCUUAACGUAGCAGUAAUGUGUGUAUGCAUUUGUUUCUUUGCACAGACAUUUUGUCAAAAUAUUAAAACUCUACUUUUUUAUGGCACAUUAGCAUAUAAACCUUACUCCAAAAGGUAUUUAUUUUUUCACUUUGUAAAAUGUUUUGUUUCCACAUGAAGCAAGAGCUCCAAUAUGGUAGACAAAGUUGUCUUUUUUAUAUAUUCAGGUUAAUAAAGGACUUUUAAAAUAGAA